AUGUUUGAGCCCGAUUUCAAGGGCCAAGUUGAUUUGAUUCCGGUUGAGUUACGGGAAGGUUUCAAUCUAGAAAUUGUUGGUAACUUCCGUGUACCCAAACGUGAUGUGUUGAGGGCACCCGUGCCAGAAGGCGAAAAAGCUAUCCUUGCGGACUUGGGGAAGUUUGAAAAGCGCAUCCCCAAGAAGCAUGUGGAGAAGAAGCAGGUGAAGAAAACCACGCGGGGUCAUGGUAAGGAGAAGGCUGAGGGCUCAGUUGUCCCUCCUCUGGUGUCUCAGGCCGCAGUUAGUGGUGCGGCUGCGGGUGGAACCCCUGCGGGUCCGCCCGUUGUUGGUAAGAAGAGAGAACCAGAGCAAAAGGCUGCUGGUGGUGGUGAACCGAAACGUCGGAAGCUGCAGUCAAAAAGGGCUGCUCCGGCGCAAAAGAAACCUGCGAUUGCUGUUGAACCCGAAGAUGCAGGAUAUUCUCUCUUUGAUGCUCCUUUUUCUCCCUCGCAUACCACAGAUGCGGGUGCGGGGGUACCAAAGGAGCCUGCGGCACCUUCUGUCAAGGUGGUUCCUGAUCCCCCCGUACAGGUGGAGGAAACGGUGGAGAAGACUGCUACCCAGAUUUUUGAUACUGUGGAUUCCUCCAACAACCUGAUCAGCCCAACUGAUGGCGAUGGGUUGGACUUGAGGUUUUCGGAUGCUGGGAAGCAGAAGUCGGAUGUUAAGCAGCAGAAAUCUCCAACUGCGGAGAAGGAGUUGACGAAUGCCAAGGAAGCGAACGCUGCUUUGGGCAAAGAGAAAGCUGCAGCUGAGGCGGUUGCGGUUAAAGCGCAGCAGGCGGAGGCCCGGGCUGCAAAGGAAGCGGGGGCUCGUGCUGCAAAGGCUCUUGAGGAGGCCAAAGAGAGGGAGAGUCGCUCUGCUAAGGCUCUUGAAGAGGCGAAUGCCGAGCAGACCCGUUUGAAGCAGGUUGUUAGCAGCCUUCAGGAUGAAGUUCAGACCCGGGAGGUCGCGGUUACCGACCUCACAGCCCACGUUAGUGUUGCGGAAGAGCGGGCUAAUGUUGCCGUUGAAGCCAGAGAUGCUCUGACUUCUUCGCUCCAACAACUGGAGGCUGAUCGUGAGUGGAUGCGGAGUCAAGGCAUUGCACAUGUAAGUAUUUUGUGA